UUGAACCCUUCAAACUUCUCUUUACAUUACCUUACGAUUCUCCUCUUUCUUUUUCCUACCAAAAGAACCCACCAAGAACUUUCCUCUGCAUCUGAUUCCAUUAUUUCAAAUCCUUUCACCUCCUUUUCUUCAUCUUUUUUCAAUUCGGAAUACAUUCUCUUCCUCUCAAAACCGAAUAUUUUCAACCGAUCAUUGUCUAUAAGAAGUUUGCAGAGAGUUUAUUUGAUAUUCGUCAACAAAAUUUCAUUCAUUCAAUGAUUCUAAGCGGCAGAAACAGCAAAUCAGCCAUGGAAGGUUGUGUGGCCGAGAAGAGGUUCAAUUUCAAUGACGCCACAGCCUCCACUCCUUUGUCCGCCAUAGCCGAGGCCUUUGAGGAAGUGGAAAAGCUAAUAAACUUGCAGAAAAUUAACGGAGCACAACAGUUUCAGCUCCGAUUGGACACGCUCUGCGAGGCUUGCUCUCCGAUUUCCAUUCUCUUUCGUUGCCUCGGCCUCGCUUUCAAGUUCGCCGAGUUGGAGUACGUCUCCAAGGUACAUAACCUUGUUGAAGCAUCCAAGACAUAUGGUACUUUACAAAUCAUAUUGGAUUCUGAUGUAGCAAACCAGACAGUAAAAAUACAAGGAAGCAAUUCGCGUAAUUUGCGACGUGUUAAGCAGGGUCUUGACCUCAUCAGAGUUUUGUUUGACCAAUUCUUAUCAAAUGAUGAUUACUCUUUAAAGGAUGCUGCUUCAACGGCUUAUGCUCAGGUUUGUGCACCAUACCACUCAUGGACUGUAAGGACAGCAGUUGCUGCUGGAAUGUAUACUCUCCCUACAAGACAACAACUUCUGCUUAAGCUUAACGAGACCAAUCACUCGGCCGAGAAGAAAAUGAAAAGAUACAUUAGAGCGUCGCUUCCGGUUAUUGAAUACAUUGAUAAGCUGUACCUUUCUAGAAAUAUCAAGUUGGACUGGUGACUUCACCAAUUAAGGAGAUACCAAAAAGCAAUUUUUUUUUCCGCUGCAUAAUUUACUUCGGCUAAAGGAAUAGAUUUGUACAUAAUUAAAAACUGUCUCCAAACAUUGAGGAAUUUCUCACGGCAGUGUCCUUCGCAACAUAAAUGUUAAGAUCGUAUUUUGGGA